GUUUGAGCGUAGGUCUCAUGAGAACGUCUUAGAUGAACCCGCUCUUCGCCUCACCAGUUCCACAUCUUAUUCUACUCGUAAGGAUAUUCAUCUCACGAGAAUUCCUUAGCUGUUUUAGCAGAAUACCUACUUCUUUCACUUGCAAGUAAUUCAUCCUCAAUAAUGGCAAUCAAAGACCGCUCGGAGUACGUCCAACCUUCUACGAUGACCAUAGAUCUUGUAACCCAGAAUAAAACACGCCGUCCGCUGCCGACAUUCCAACCAAAGUCCCAACAGAACCUACAACGGCGAAGUCGAGGUCGAGGACCAAAGCCAUGCGCUGAGAUCCCGGUAUCGGCGAAUCGAUUCUCAAAAAGAACCCUACGUCAAUACCUUAGCACCAUCGCCGUGCCGCUGCCACUGUCCAAGGGUGCCUGCCACCUUGAGAUCCUCCCUCAAGACAUCAUCGACCAAAUCAGCCAGUACAUCCCGUACGAGAACCUGAUUUACCUCUCCUGGGUAUCCAAGGCACUCAACAAAAUGGUCAACCCGCGUCUGGCGCCCCACGAAACGAAGCUCUCGUUCGUGCUACGCGCCGAACGCGACUUCUACCGACACUACAGCAGCACGCCGUCCAGCCUCGGCUGCUUCAUAUGUUACAAAGUGCUUCCCGCGAGCGUCUUUGCCAUCGACCAGCCGCUGCAAGCCGAAGUGCGCUCCUCAGCGCUAGGCGGGACGACGACGACGACGGUAGUCAAUCUGCGGCGGUUCUGCAUCGGCUGCGGCAUCCAGUCCGGCCUGCACAAGCCGGGAGACGAGCUGAUCACGCGGAUCGACAGCCGGUUCUGGAUUUGCGACUGCUUGUAUACCCACGGCGAGAGAACGCUUGUCUGUCGGGGCUGCGGCGUCAUGUGUUACCUUAUGCCGAGGAGGACGAAGCCUGUGUCGUUGUUGAAGCCGACGGUGGGAUAUUGGAACUAGGACGUUGAUGGCGCAGUAAGGGGAAUUAUGCACAGUUUGCCUACUAAUUCGUCCCGGAGAUAAGAUUCGAUUGGGUCUUUUCUCUACCCCUUAGAAUCUAUUACUCCCGGAUCUAGGAGAGUAAAUCUAGGCCAUAG